GAGGAAAAGGGAGAGAUACCACUAUUGUAACGGUACCGGGAAGGCAGAAUGAGGAUGUUAUACCGCUGGUGGGUGGUGAAAACUCAUCUGACCUGGACCUGGAAAGUGCACACCAGCCAGGACUGCCACCAGGUGUGUUGGUUGUGAUAUUUAACAUGUUAGAUUAA